AUGGCUUGUCACGCCAUUCGGGUUGACGGGUGCUCCGCAACGUUUCAGCGUUACAUAAACCACACGUUGCGAGAUUUCCUCGACGAGUUCUGUUCCGCUUACAUUGACGACAUCUUGAUCUACUCGAGCGGUUCGCUCGCAGAUCAUCGCAACAAAGUCAGGCAGGUCCUUGCUCGACUGCGAGAUGCAGGCCUGCAGAUUGAUAUCGACAAGUGUGACUUUGAGGCAAAGAGUGUCAAGUACCUGGGCUUCAUCGUCGAAGCCGGGAAAGGUAUCCGCGUGGACCCGGAGAAGGUGCAGGCAAUUCAGCAGUGGCAGCGACCCCGUUCUGUCAAAGGCGUCAGAAGCUUUCUGGGGUUUGCCAACUAUUACCGGCAAUUCAUUCCCAGAUUCUCCAACAUCGCCGCGCCUCUAACGGCGUUAACAAAGAAGGAUGCGGUGUUUGCGUGGUCGAAGGAGUGCGACAAGGCCUUCGAGGAGUUGAAGGCUCUUCUGACCAGUGCGCCGGUCCUUGCGCAAUGGGAUCCGGAUAGAGAGACGAUUGUGGAGACGGAUUCAUCCGGUUAUGUCACAGGAGGGGCGCUCUCGCAAAAGGGCGAUGACGGCAUCAUGCGGCCUGUGGCCUUCUUCUCAAAGAAAAACGCAAAAGCAGCAACUGAGUGA